UUUCAUAUAUCUGGCCAGAAUAAGGUUGUAGCUGCCUGACAACAGCUGGGGAUUUUCGUCAGGGGGCUAACGUUACCUUCAGCGAAACGUGUUAGAAGGCUUCGUACCGUAAGUCAAUGUUCUUAGCCCGCUCCUUAGUGAAGAUGUCGAGCCACAAUCCCCUGGUGAGGUUGGAGCAGAGAGCCGUGGAGGCUGACCGCCUCAUAGAGUACCUCACACAGCAGGUCCAGCUCCUCAAGGACAAGGCCGUUGUGCAGGCCAGCGUGCGGGAGGAGAAGAAGCUGACGGCGGAGAACGCCAAACUCAAGCAGGACAUCGAGGACUUGAAAAAGCAGCUGCUGGAGAAAGAGAGGAAAAGAGGAGUGGAGGUGCCCAUGCCAUCGGGUGACGCGGGUGUGGUCGAGUGCAGUUCCAAGCCGAGUCUUCCCUCUGCAGCAGCGGUCCAGCCAGCCUCCCCGACAGAGGCCCUCUCUCCCAAGGACGAGGGGAAGAAGAAGAAGCCAGAGAAAAAAGGGGAGAAGAAGCCGGUGGCCCCUCAGGAGGAGCUUAAGGUGGACGUGUCCCGCCUGGACCUGCGGGUGGGCCGCAUCCUCACCGCCGAGAAGCACCCCGACGCAGACUCCCUGUACGUGGAGCAGGUGGACGUCGGAGAGGCCACGCCCAGGACGGUGGUCAGCGGCCUGGUCAAGCACAUCCCCAUUGAGCAGAUGCAGAACCGGAUGGCGGUGCUGAUGUGUAACCUCAAGCCGGCCAAGAUGCGCGGGGUGGUGUCCCAGGCCAUGGUGAUGUGUGCCAGCUCCCCGGACAAGGUGGAGAUCCUGGACCCGCCCUCCGGCUCCGUACCCGGGGACAGGCUCACCUUCCAGGGAUUCCCAGGGGAGCCAGACAAAGAGCUGAACCCCAAGAAGAAGGUGUGGGAGCAGGUGCAGCCGGACCUGCGCACGGACCAGAGCUGCGUGGCCACCUACAAGGGGGCGCCCUUCGAGGUGGCCGGCAAGGGUGUGUGCAGAGCCCAGACCAUGAGCAACAGUGGCAUCAAAUAAAACCAGCGAGGGAAAAGAGGAAAACCCAGCCUGAACAGACAACCGGCCAUGUCGGAGUCGGAGUCGGCGAGUGCCGUGGUUCACGAUGGAACCGCUGAAGGAACUGUGAUGAAAAAGACAUGGUUAGAAAUGGUUUGAAAGUGUUCAAAUAAAAAGCGUCUGAGAAUGAUCUGGAGUCUGCCAUGUUUUUUU